AUGUUUGAUGUUUUUGGCUCCGUCAAGGGGCUGCUGAAAAUCGAUCAGGUCUGCAUCGAUAACAAUGUCUUCCGUAUGCAUUACAAGGCGACGGUAAUCAUAUUGAUUGCCUUUUCCCUGCUGGUGACCUCCAGGCAGUACAUUGGUGAUCCCAUCGAUUGUAUUGUAGAUGAAAUCCCCUUGGGUGUUAUGGAUACCUAUUGCUGGAUUUAUUCCACCUUUACUGUGCCAGAACGUUUGACCGGUGUCACCGGCCGUGAUGUCGUCCAGCCGGGUGUGGGUUCCCAUGUUGAGGGCGAGGAUGAGGUGAAAUACCACAAAUACUAUCAGUGGGUGUGCUUUGUGCUAUUCUUCCAGGCCAUAUUGUUCUAUGUGCCACGUUACCUCUGGAAAUCAUGGGAAGGUGGCCGUCUCAAGAUGUUGGUCAUGGACCUGAACAGCCCCAUUGUCAAUGACGAGUGUAAAAAAGAUCGCAAACGUAUAUUGGUCCAGUAUUUCGUGGACAAUUUGAACCGCCACAAUUUCUAUGCAUUCCGUUUCUUCCUGUGCGAAGCGCUGAACUUCAUCAACGUCAUCGGACAAAUCUACUUCGUGGACUUCUUUUUGGAUGGUGAAUUCUCCACCUAUGGCAGUGAUGUCUUGAAAUUCACCGAAAUGGAACCGGAUGAGCGUAUCGAUCCCAUGGCUCGUGUCUUUCCCAAAGUCACCAAAUGUACAUUCCACAAAUAUGGUCCUUCCGGUUCGGUGCAGAAGUUCGAUGGUCUCUGUGUGCUGCCCCUCAACAUUGUCAACGAGAAAAUCUACGUGUUCUUGUGGUUCUGGUUCAUUAUCUUGUCCAUAUUGUCCGGCAUCUCGUUGGUCUAUCGCAUUGCCGUUGUCAUGGGUCCCAAAUUGAGACAUUUGUUGUUGCGUGCCCGCUCCCGCUUGGCCGAAGUCGAUGAAGUUGAGGCUGUGGCCAAACAAUGCAAUAUCGGUGAUUGGUUCUUACUCUAUCAAUUGGGUAAAAAUAUCGAUCCCCUAAUCUACAAAGAAGUGAUAGCUGAUCUCUCACAUGAAUUGGGUGUUAAUACAAGUCAUAAGCAACGCAUGGAACCCUAAGAAGCGAGAACGAGGAGGAGGCCAUCAUC